ACAGAGAUUAACUGGUAGAGAGCAUUGUGCUCUGAUUUGCUUUAAAUGAGGGCCAACCUCCCCACUCCCUAUUGCACUCUCUGGUAAAUAACAGUAAUUCCAAUUAACUGUUGCAGCAGUGAGUUGACCACUCUUUCCCUGUUCCUUCCCUCCGCUCCUCUUCCCUUCCACUAUCCCUCUCUCUCUCUCUCUCUCUCUCUCUCUCUCACAGAAUGAUAUCCAGUCUUCCUAGUCCCUGACACCUACACCCAGCUUUCUUCAUUCGGUUCGUUACGGGAAGAAAUGGUUGGUAUUAGUUCAAUUCCUCACUGGCUUGAGAUUCUACUGCGAGAGAAGUUCUUUAACGCGUGUAUAGUUCACGAAUUUGCAAAGAAGAAUGAGAGGAACAUCUUUUGCUUGGAAUGUUGCAUCAGCAUAUGCAACCAUUGCGUGCCGUCUCACCGCCCUCACCGUCUCUUACAGAUAAGAAGGUAUGUUUAUCAUGAUGUUAUGAGGUUGAGUGAUGCUCAACAAUUGAUGAAUUGUUCCCUUGUUCAACCAUACACAACAAACAGCGCAAAAGUGGUAUUUUUGAACCAAAGGCCAACGUCCCGCCCCUUUAGAGGCUCAGGCAAGGUUUGCGUCACAUGCGACCGUUUUCUCCAAGACCCAUACCUCUAUUGCUCUCUCUCCUGCAAGGUUCAUCACCACUUAGUGACCUCCAACGGUACUGGAAACUAUGGCUUACCAAUAUUACCAGAAAAACCGACAAGUGAGAGCCUUUCAGAGAUUGAAGAAGAUGAUGACCAAACGACUCCUGCAAGUGCAAGUGGUGAUGGUGGUAUUAGUUCACUGCGACACAAAACGCUAGCUUGUUGUACUGUCAAAACUGAGUUCGUGAAAAUGAAACGCAGCAGCUUAAACUCAGUGCCUCGGACUUCUUACCGUCCGAGAUGCUUGCCGGCGGCGGAGAUUGCCCUGGCUUUGAACCGGAGAAAGGGUGUGCCUCACCGUUCACCAUUGAAUUAA